ACUUUUCGACGAAAGUGACAUCCUUCCUCCUCGCAAAUGUGUCUUAAAACAGUACACAUUAGUGUUGUUUGUAGUUAUUUAAUUACGAUCAGUAGAUAUUAGUGAAAACGGGCCCGUGGACCGCGAUGGCAGUGAACGCUAACGCACUGUCCAGUGAUAUAAGCAGACGGAAUCCGCAGGACGAGUACGAGCUCAUCCAAAGAAUAGGCAGCGGAACUUACGGAGAUGUUUACAAGGCUAAGAGGCUCUCGAUGAACGAUCUUGCAGCCAUCAAGGUUAUCAAAUUGGAGCCAGGAGAUGAUUUCGCAAUUAUUCAACAAGAAAUCUUAAUGAUGAAGGAUUGUAGGCAUCCAAACAUCAUAGCCUACUAUGGAAGUUAUCUCCGGCGAGAUAAGCUUUGGAUUUGCAUGGAAUAUUGUGGAGGAGGAUCUCUGCAAGAUAUAUAUCACAUUACUGGGCCCCUCUCGGAAAUACAAAUAGCCUACAUGAGUCGAGAAACACUCCUCGGAUUAGCAUACUUGCACAGUAUGGGGAAAAUGCAUCGCGAUAUCAAGGGCGCCAAUAUUUUAUUAACAGAAACCGGGGACGUAAAAUUGGCGGACUUUGGAGUCUCAGCUCAAAUUACGGCAACGAUUAACAAAAGAAAAAGCUUUAUUGGCACUCCAUACUGGAUGGCUCCCGAGGUUGCGGCUGUGGAAAGAAAAGGUGGUUAUAAUCAACUUUGCGACAUUUGGGCCUGUGGAAUAACAGCAAUAGAGCUCGCAGAAUUGCAGCCACCGAUGUUCGACCUUCAUCCGAUGCGAGCCCUUUUCCUUAUGUCGAAAUCUGGCUUCAAGCCUCCAACACUCAAAGAUCGCGACAAAUGGAGUCCUACGUUUCAUAAUUUCGUAAAAGUUGCCCUUACGAAGAAUCCCAAGAAACGACCUACGGCCGAAAAAUUGCUACAGCAUGCAUUUUUUCAAGGAGAAAUGAACAAGCGCUUGGCACUGGAAUUGCUGCAGAAGGUUUCAAAUCCUAGCCACAUGUUCACGGAUCUCGAGGCGGACGAAGACGGUGCAGUGCCAAACGUUCCGCAGCGAAUUGCGUCGAGACAUACGGCCAGGUCCCGUCCGAAAAGCCCAACUUCCCAGCUAGACUGUGAUGAUCAAAUAAAUUUAGAUGGUGGAACUUUGCAAAGGGAAUCUACAUCACCUUCUGUGGAUAGUAGUCCUGCGUGGGAUAUUAUGGAUAUUAUGAAUAAUGUGAAGACUGUCCACAACUGUGAUGUGCAUCCGGACUGUGGCAUCGGAACAGCUUUCGAAGAUGUGCCGGAAAAGAGUCUUUUGCAGUACAUUGAUGAGGAGUUGUUGCUAAGGGGAAGCGCAAUGUCGAUGGUUGGUGGGCAUUGCGACCAGCUGUACUCCCUGCAAGCUACCUUACCUCUUGGCGAGUCCUCGAAUGAUUGCGAGGUACAUCGUGGGUUUUACAGUAACAUAUCUGGUGAUGGGGAAAUAGCAGACAAUGGCGAUGGGGAAGGUAUCAGUCCAGAUUUAUUAUCGGACACGCCACCGGUUCCUCCUAGAAGAAGGGAUAGAAAAAGGCACACUCCUCCAAGACCAAUUAGCAAUGGCCUCCCUCCAACGCCAAAAGUUCAUAUGGGAGCUUGUUUUUCAAAAGUAUUCAACGGAUGUCCAUUGAGAGUACACUGCACAGCGAGUUGGAUUCAUCCUGAUACGAGGGAUCAGCACUUGUUAAUCGCUGCAGAGGAAGGAAUUUAUAAUUUGAACCUUAAUGAACUCCAUGAUGCUGCGAUAGAUCAACUCUAUCCGAGAAGAACGAUUUGGAUGUAUGUUAUUAAAGACGUUCUCAUGUCUCUUUCAGGAAAAACACCUCAGCUUUAUAGGCACGACCUGUUAGCAAUGCAAAGUAAACAAACACAUAGGUUCUCAUUGCACAUGAAUAAAAUACCCGAGAGAUUGGUACCGAGAAAGUUUGCCCUGACGACCAAAGUCCCAGAUACGAAGGGCUGCACAAAAUGUUGCGUAGGAAGAAAUCCCUAUAACGGGUAUAAGUAUCUCUGCGGGGCAAUGUCAGCAGGUAUAUUUUUAAUGCAGUGGUACGAUCCACUGAAUAAAUUUAUGUUGCUGAAACACUUUGAUUGUAUUUUACCUUCGCCUCUGAAUGUUUUCGAAAUGAUCAUCACCCCGGAAAUGGAAUAUCCGAUGGUGUGUGUGUCUGUCAAACAGGCGUACCAGCAAAAUAAAUUGAAGUUGGAUUUAAUUAAUAUGAACUCGGGCGCGAGUUGGUUUCAUAGCGACGAACUCGAGGAUAUUGACGGUUCAGCUACUGUGAUACCAAGAAGAGAAAAUCUUCAAGUGAUAAAUGUUACGCAGAUAGAGAAAGACGCGAUACUCGUCUGUUAUGAUAACGUAAUAAAAGUCGUAACGUUGCAAGGCAAGCUGAGAAAUAGCAAAAAGCAGAUCUCAGAUCUGCAGUUUAAUUUUCAAAUUGAGUCCAUAAUUUGCUUGCCUGAUAGUGUCCUGGCUUUCCACAAGCAUGGAAUGCAAGGAAGAAGUUUGAAAAAUGGAGAAGUUACGCAAGAAAUCAGCGAUCCAAGUCGAACCUAUAGGCUGCUCGGUUCCGAUAAAGUCGUGAUGUUAGAGAGUCAUUUAGUUCACACGGGAACGCUCUCUGAGACUGAAGGAGCAGAUUUGUAUAUACUCGCUGGACAUGAAGCCAGUUACUAGACCUCUUUAUUUUAGCAUACCCGUGAGAAAAUUGAGGAUUAUUAUACAAAUCAAUAUAAUAAUUCCAUCCAGCUGCGAGUAAAUCAAUAGAAUUCGCUAUUCUUGGAAAUGAAAGAAUUGUAAUGGAGGUAGCGAUUUUUUCAUUAUUUAAAUUGUGGUCUCUGCCUUGCAAAGUCUCGCCGAAGAUGCGAUUCUUCUCUAUCUAUUGCAUGCGACAGAAUCUCCGAGCAGACUGUAUUAAGUAGACUGUUUAAUUGCUAAACUAGAAGAAUAAGUAUUAAUUAAUUCCAUUAAAGCGGAAAAUUCAUUGAAAGCAUCAUAGACACUCGUAGGACGCGAUAGAUGACCUUAUAACAAAAAAUCGUUAAAUGGCACGAAAGAUUGUUGAAGGUUUUUAUCAAUUUUAGAAAUUGAAUCAGGAUGUCUACCUGACCGGGAAAAUGACAAAUUGACUGUAGAUGGAGAAUGAUUAAUUUUUCGUGCCAUUGAAAUUAAUUCAGAAAUUGGCCACAUUUUCACUUAUACUUUAGCUUUUCAUGGAACUCAACUCUAACUUAUUCAAGGGAUAUUCAUGUAAUAUAAUAGAUCUAGCGGAUACGUACGAGUAAAAAUGAGAGGGGCGAAAUUAUCGAAAUCAUUGAAAGCUCACACUGUAGUUAGGUACGAAAAUCUAAUGAGAAUUAAGAAAUAGAGGUCGCCACAUGUAUAUUCAGAGAAAAUUGGACAGUGGUGCCGUCUAGAUUUCGUAUCUCAAGAUGAUUACUUAUUUCGAUAAAGCUGGAAAUCGAGUCAAAUUGAGUAAAGUACAGUGAUAUUGUUUCACUGUGUUACGUUUUUUUUUUGUUAAACAAAAGCGAUUUUGAUAUUCAUGUUUAUUUCUACACAACUGUUUUUAAUUAUUAAUUAUAUUGAAAUUGAAGAUAGGUGACGAGGCGAUAUUCUAUAGAAUAUCGGCCACUGAAGUAUUGUUGAGCGCUGUCGAUUAAUGUGAAGUCUACGUGUUCUGAACCAAAGUUUAUUCUUGAAAAAUUCUAAAUUUGUAAAGAUAAGAUAGAAAAGGGAGUGUAUUAUUGAGAGAGAAAAAAAAUAAGAAGCAGAGAUUGGAGCUUUGUUUUUUGUAAAUAGAGACGAAAGUAUUACGAUUUAAAUGAUGAACAAAAGAGAUUUCGUUACUGAGACUUUGGAAAGUCUUUUUUAAACUGAUUGGUAUAUUCGAAACAUUCCUUUUUAAAAUUGUCUUCUUUUUGUACACGAGUGUUGACCUUUUUCAUUAAAAAUUUCGAAAGAAAUCUAUAUUCGUUUAUCAUUUUACGUGAUUGUAAGAAAAUCUUAUAAUUGUAAACUAUCCUCGAUAGCAAAACAUUGAAAUGUUUUCGCAACACUUACAGGAUUCGCUGUGUAUAGAAAUUGUGUACAUAAAAAUCAUUUAAUUUUCGCUACACGUUGCGUCACUGCAUUUAUUUAGUAUUAACUCGCGAUUACAUUUAUGAAUGGAAUCAUAAAUCAUCACUCAAUUAAAAGUAUUAGGACUACUAUUAAA